AGCCCAGAUUCAGUUUUUUUCGUCUAUUAUCUCAGAAUGACGCGAUACAGCUGUUGAUUAUACAAUAUAUAUAUGUAUAUAAAUAAACAAACACGUAAUAAAUAAUUAACGAGUGAUUAAUUGUUUGAUUUUAAAUAAAUAACAUCCUUGGAUUGUGACUAAAGUGCCGAUGACGUAAAGUAUCGAGUGAAUGGCGGGAUAAAAAAAUACAAAAUGUAAAAUCAGUUGAACUUUGUAGUAAUUAUUUGAGAGAGGGUAACAAAAGUGGAGAAAAAAUAUUGAUCGUGUUAAUAGUUUUAACAUCCAAUUCACGUAACAGCUAUUUAUAGUUAAAUGUCUGAAGAAACGCAACAGGUUGAGCUGCAGAGCGAGACGAACGGAGUAGACCCGAAAAUGGAGAAAAGUGAAAAGACUCCGGAGAAACCCGCGGCUAGCGGAGCGUCUUUUGGAGCGACUUUCAAAAAAUUCUCGAAAUUCGGAGACACUAAGAGCGAUGGCAAGACCAUUACACUGAGUCAAAGUGAUAAGUGGAUGAAACAGGCCAAGAUUUUUGAUAAAAAAAUAACCACUACCGACACGGGUAUACAUUUUAAGAAACAGAAAUUGAUGAAAUUAAAUAUGGAACAGUACAAAACAUUCCUCGAGGACUUGGCAAAAACUAAAAAAGUCGAAUUAUCUGAAAUAAUGAACAAGAUGGCGAGUUGUGGAGAUCCCGGUGUGAGCUCUUCCGUCAGUAUUGCCGGAAAAGCUUCAUCUACCGUCGACAGACUUACCGACGUUUCGAAGUACACGGGCUCCCACAAGCAGCGCUUUGACGAGUCCGGAAAGGGCAAAGGGAUCUCCGGGCGGAAGGACGUCCAUGAUGGCUCCGGAUACGUCCAAGGAUACCAACAUAAAGACACUUACAACAAACCAUAGUCUUCUCAUCUUAAUUUUUUCUUCAUCAAUCACUUACACUUCCCAUCAAAUUUCCCAUCUAUCAAAAUAUAUAUAAAAAAAAAAUAUAUAUAUAAAAGAAAAAUCAAAUGUCAUUUUUGACAGUUAAAAAUAAAUUUUAAAGUUCAUCAUGAAUAAUUAUUUUUUUUUUACAAUAAAAAAUUUUAAUGUUUCAGGUAUGAAUCAUACUGUUUAAAUAUAUGAAUAUAUAUAUUAUUAUAUUGCACAAAAAAAUUUUAAUG